AUGAGUAACGAUCUUAAGUAUGUUCUUUUACCAUCGAUUGAUGAACAUCGUCGACCACCGAAAUUUCAGCCAUGGUAUCGUGAAAGAAUAAAAAUGAAAUAUCCAUGUAAUAUCAAUACACAAAAUUGGAAAUUUGUUAAAGAUGGUCUUGAUGAUUUUCGUGAUGGUUUACCACCACCACAUGAUGAUAUUAUUUUACAACCAGACAAAGGUCCAGGACCUGUAUUAAUCUCUGAAACUCGUCGUAUAAAAUCAUCGGCAGCAAAAACACGAAAUCGUCUCAAAGACCAUCAAGUAUAUUUUAGUAAAGAAAUCCCAGCAGUCGAAAGACGACGUGAAGCAAUAGAUAAUUAUAUAUCGACUAUACUUACUCAUCCGAUGGCUUUCUUUGAACAUUUUAAUCAAACAUUGCCACCUGAGAUGUAUGAACGAUUAACAAGAUUGCUCGAAGCUGAAUUAUUACGUUCCGACAGUGAAGAACCAAUUUCAUUCGCGGAGGAAUAUAAAAAUAUUACUUCAGUAUCACCAAGUAUUCCAAUAACACGACCAGAUACGGGUCAUACUGGAAAUAGUCUUCCACCAAUGAUUUCACCAGAAGUGGAAAAAACAUUUGUCCAGGAACUAACUGAUGAUUUAACAACGGAAACAAAAGAUGAAACACUAGAAGAAUCAGAUAGUAGAAAUGCAUCGAACCGGAUCGGACGACCUGGCAUUGUUUAUGAUGAUGCUGGUAACCAAUGGGAUAUUGAAGAAUUUGAAAGAAAACAAAAAAAUCCCUACCGAUGGUUUAUUCAAAAACAACGUGAAAAAGAAGCAGCCAAAGGACCUACUGCUGAUGAACGAGCGGCUGCAGCUAUGGAAGAACGACUUCACAAUGUUUCGGAAAAAUUUUGUAAUUGGUUAUACGAUCUUGGUGGUGAAAAGAAUGAUGAUAUUGAUUCAGGUGUUGUUAGAAAUUUGUUUUCAACUGCUUAUGAUACAAAACCAUCUUUAAGUGUUCCAAUUAAAAUUGUUGAUAUGGCAAGAGUUCCUGCCGAACUACGAGAAGGUACACAGGAUACGAUGUUUCCCUUAUCGGAACGAGCAAAAUCAAAUUUAUCGGAAAUGCGUAAAACACCAAGCUCUGCUAAAUCAAAGCCACCAUCAGUUGUAGUUAAACAACCAGAAUCAUACCCAACAAAGUAUCGAUACGGUGCAUGGUAUUUACCAAAAAAUCUUUGGCAACGUUCAUUAACAAACAACGAACUUCGAGAUCCUAAAAUUGUUAAAGCUGAACGUGAAAAUGUAACACGACAACAAGAAGAAGAAAUAAAUGCUCGUCUUGCUCCAUUACACGGUGUUGAUGCAUUCAAAGAAUAUUUACAAGAAAACAACUUUCGACGAUUACCAAAAUUAAUAACUGACGUAGAACAGUAUCGACGUCAACAUACACGUGAAGUGGCAAGUGCACCAAUAGAAGCUCAAGCUAAACGAACAAUAAAUUCAGCACCUUAA